AUGGUAAACUGGGCCGCCUUCUACAUCCGUCGACAGUACUUCUGGAACUUCUGUUGGCGUGUCACUGUUACAGGCUUAUUCGGAGUUAUCUUCUAUAUGGUUGGUAGUGUGGCGAGCUCUUGGAAUGAGUCUGUGCAUCGUGCAUGGCUACAUUAUGUGAAAAAAGAGAGGGAACGGGCAGAGCUGAUGGAGUUGAUACGAGACGCUCGAGAUGCAGGAGUUCUGCCGCCGAGUGAUGUGGAGAACUUUGAAUGA